AUUUUUUUAGUUUAAAAAGGGAAUUUACCUAAGGUGUGAAAAUGUUGGAGGUGGUUGCUUGCAAUUAACUUUGGUUCUUCUGGCCAUCCGCCAUUGGGGGCACUUAACAAAUUCCUCUACGCUCUUUUUAAUUGCGUCACUCAUCGGAUUUUAGUUUUGUUUAUUUGCCCUUUUCUUCUCUGUUUCCUUCUUACUUUCUUAUUCUUUCUUCCUCUGUUUACUCUGAUUAUGGCGCCUCUCAUUCACAACUUGCCUGAGAAAUUCCCUCAAUGUUUUCAAAUCCUGAAAUUUAAACCCUCUUUCACAAUUCUUUAAGAAUCCCCAAAUCACAAAACUUUUGUGCUGUUUUUGCUCUGUGUUCUUCAUAUUGGGCUUUUCCAAAACCGCUACUUCAACUCAACCACUGCUACUUCAGAUAUAAGUGAAACCAAAUCAUUCAAAAGAAUAAUGUUUGCCAACUAUAUGGAGAAAGAAAAUAGGGAUAAUCAGGAAACAUCUGCCCGAUUGAAUGGGUUUACAAAAGAUCUUUUAGUUGAUAAAUUCAGUGACAGAUAUAGUUCUCACAAUACAAGGCGGGAGGCGGAGGAAGACGGCGGAGGAUUAGAGUUAAGUUUGGGACUUUCAUUGAACGGAAGGUUCGGUGUGGACCCGGAAAAGGAUAGGAUAAAGUUAGCGCGUUCGUCUUCGGUGCAACCCUUCUCCUUGUUCGGCGGAGACAACAACCACCACGCGCCUCCACAAGCGGCGGCGCCAAUUGCAGCCGCCGCUUAUACGCCGCCACCCCUGUCCAGGACGUAUUCCCUUCCGACGGAGGCGGAGGCGGAGAAUUGGAAGAAACGGAAGGAGAUGCAGUCAUUGAGGCGUUUGGAGGCUAAACGGAGAAGAAUGGAUAAGAUUAAGAUUUUGAGAUCGUCUGGUGGGAGGGAGAAAGUUGAUUUAUUAGAAGACAAUUCCAGCGAAGAAACUGGAAGUAAUCAUAGUAGUAACAAUUCUAAUGGUCCAGUUGUCGUUAACGGCAAUGGGACGCCGCCGUGGUCGCAGAAAUCUGUUGGAUCACAAGGCAGCAGCAGUUCAUCCGGUCUCUCUGAAUUGGAGAGUCAACCCAUUCAAGAUAGGAACAUGGAGUCUAGAAACUCUCCGAUUGCGCAACCUGCCGAGGCUCCCCAAUCAAAAGUUGAUAGGGGUCGUGUAGCUGAAAAUAAGGUGGCAACUGAUGAGGCCAAGAAGAUGCUCAAGAAUUUUAUGCUUGAAAUGCCGUGCGUGACGACAAUCGGGAGCGGGCCGAAUGGUCGAAGAGUCGACGGAUUUCUAUACAGAUAUGGGAAAGGAGAGGAAGUCAAAAUCGUGUGCGUUUGCCAUGGAAGUUUUCUGUCUCCGGCUGAGUUUAUCAAGCAUGCCGGGGGUGCUGAAGUCGAAAACCCAUUGAGGCAUAUAGUCAUUAACCCAUCACCUGUCUUGUAACAACAAGUGCACUAGCAAUAGCGAAACCUACAGAGCUGAUUGGGCUAGAGGACAUUUAACUUAUUCCGCCUUUAAGUUUCUUUCUUUUUGAUCUGUCUGAUUUUGAAAUUGAUUGAUAAUGUCUUCCUUCUUUUGCUCUUCCACCUAGCUACGCUCCUUUUUGAUCUGGAAAUGUGAUAUUUGGCGUUAGAUACAUACAAUAAUAUAUAACGAAAUUAGCAGCAACAAAAAGUCUCCAGGAGCAAUACUUCAAAAAAGAGAGAACCCC